AUGAGCGCGGGAAAUCGACAUGAAUAUCCAACCAUAAACAUUGUUAACACGAAUUAUUCCAAAUAUGGAACCUCGGUGAUUCAUAAAAACGCUAAAGAUACGAACUCUAAUUCCAGUUUGACCGGGAAUCAAAUGAAUCUAAAGAAUCAAAUGAAUCCUUUGGAUCGAUUUGAUUCUUUGGCGAGCACUGAUAAUAGUGAUAACGACGGAACCACGACGACAACGUCGUGGAAAUUGAAAAAGAAGUAUAGGUCGUUACUGAACAAUUACACUGGAUCAACUUCGAAAGCAAAACGGUUUAUUGGUAGACUACACGAUCAUGGUUCCAGCGAUUCGUUUUCUAUCUUUUCAAUUAGAACUUCACAUUCGAACCGGAAUUUGGGUUCUGCGCAUUCGAAAACGCCUGGUGUGGGCGUCGGGACGCAAACCAAAGUGAUUCGAGAGGAUUGGAGACCUUUUCAAGACAUAAACGCUUUACCAAUUGAAGUACUUGCUAUAGUGCUGGAACAAUUAACAAAAGGAGCGUAUUUGCACGAUCACAGGGCGAUCGUGAGAUGUUUGUUUGUUUCUCAAAAAUUCUAUGAAGCGACCAAAAUUGCGCUUUACAAAGCCCCCGCUUUUACGUCUACCUAUAGAGUGGCGCAAUUUGUCACCUGUCUUCGGCUUCACCCGGAAAAUGGGCUUCACGUUCGAUGCAUCGAUCUGUCGAGCCUCAAAAACGGGUUGAUCGAGGAUCGCAAAACAGGCUGUGAAGAGUCCCUGUCAGAUGAAGACGAGACUCAAACUGGGCCACCAAGUCCUGAAGCAAGUAUCGAUGAAAGAGAUGAGGACGACGUGGACUCUACUGAGGGCAACGUUGAAGAAGGUACUGCAACCCAAACUAACGAAACGGCUGAUUCUUCUGCAGAAAAUGACGGCUUACCUUCGUAUGCCCUUGCUGGAUGGAGAGAUUGGAGGUAUAGAUUCGAUCCCUUGUAUGGGAACCAGAUGCUCAACAGCUAUAAUGCUUUGAAAAGAUGCAACUCGCGAGCUUCUUCUGUCAUUUCAUCGAGCACCGGUGCCCCGUCACGUAGAGCGCAUCGCUCCAACAGUUCAGUGAGCUCUUUCACAAACAGUCUGAUGACUUCUUUCUACAACUCAACCUCAUUGUCGUCCCUCACUUUGACAUCAACUACAAACUCAAAGAAUAAGAACAACAGAAACAGCAAAUGGUUCAGCAAGUUUUUCAAUUCUAAGAGAUCCCAGAAGGUGUCUGAAGAGCGGCCACGCUUGUUCCGAGACGAAUCGAAAAAUUCCGAGGACAUCGACGAAAUGGAGCAAAUCGAAGAAGAGCGCAAACCUUCCAUCAAAUUUUGCCUUGACGGGGGACUCAAGCAUCAACCAUUCCACGAAAGCCAUCCCUACACCAAUAAGUUCUUGUUGAAAUAUUCUUUAUCAAAGGACCUCCCGCUGGGUUACAUUUGUCACCUUAUCACGAGCUGCCCCAACCUUGAAGAGCUCAACUUAAAUAAUUUGAACAUUUCAAGCGAUUUCCGCGUGGUGAGUCAAGAUUGCAUCGAUCGCGCUGUGCCGACGUCUCUUCUUCCGAGUUUAAAGGAAGCCGAAUGCGAUAUGGAUAAGCAGGUAGGUCGCAAUUUGGAAGCCGUUUAUUUGACGGAUUCCCACAGAGGCCACGAUUUUUACCAGGACGAAAAAUUGAACGGCAUGAAAAGGCAAGAACAAUUACAUUUUGCGUCUCCAUAUUCGAUGCAUGGAGAAUCGUGGAUAUCUUCCAACUAUCCCCCUCCGAUAAGCCAGAGGACCAAAUAUCGGGAUCAGCGCAACAAGUUUGCCAAGCGUUCAGAGUACAAGCUCAAGAAAAUAGAAGUGAAGGACCUGUUUUCAAUGUUUGAGCUUAAACUACCGUUUUUGGCCAAGCUGUCGAUGGAUAACGUUGUGUGGUGCUGUCAACCCGAUGUCAAAGAAUUCGUAAUCGGCUCUCUCGGACGCGCAGACAAUCUCAUGUUGAGUUUCAAGCAUGCGGGCAUGGGCAGAAACUUGACAUGGGCAUCUCAAGGUACCGUGAGAGACUUUCUGGCCGUCAUUUUACUCGGGGAACUUUUGGAGCGCGACGAAUUGUUUCUGCAAGACCUUUUCAACAUUCGCAUGGAAAGAUUUUUGACAGCAUUACCCAGAGAUUACAAAAUUCUAGAACUAUCCAACUCUCUUCAAUUAAAGUAUAGAAGAGGCCAGAUCGAAUGCCAAUUGGAAAUUCGUCAAGAUUUCAAUUUCCAUUGCAAUGUGCAGGACGUGGGAAAUGGGUCACUAGGCGUAAAAAUCACGCUGGGAUCCAGGAAACUUGGUGAUGAAAUGGCUCAGAGAGUCACUGAACUAACCCACACUCUCCUCAAUCGUCUUCAAGACAUGCGGGCUGCAGAUCUCCGCAGACAUGUUGGCCAAAAUCAGUACGCCAUAGGUAUAUGA